AUGCAUUUAUCAAUUUCCCCAUUGACGAUCCUUACCGUUGCAGCUCUCUUGACUUCUUCAGUCGCUGUAGAUAUAGAAGCUCGACAAUCACCCGCUCUCCCCGCAACUCAAACUCCAGUCCCCACAUCAACCACAAACACUUCCCUCGAUCCCUCCCAAUCAGCGUCUCAAUCAUUAGCAGUUCAAUCCGCGCUCGUAUCGUACGCGUCAUCUCUUUCCGCCGCUGGCUAUACGCUCGCUGGGCCUGGAGCUUCAGCUGCUGCGAAGGCUGCUACGCAUACUUCUGAUUCGGAGAGUAGUAUCCAUAUAAUACGUGAAAGAACCUUGGCUUCUGAAACAAUUACCAAGCAAGGCCUGAAAGAGAGGGAGGUUUUGUUUGAUUGGAUCUUGGCUUGGGGUUAUAUGACGAUUUGGGAAAUAGAAGGUCGAACUUUUGAUCAAGACAUUGAUACCUACGCCUGA